AUGGGUCUCGCAUUCUCGUCGAUAUUUAGUUUAUUCUCCAAAAAGGAAUAUAAAUUGGUUGUCAUAGGACUCGAUAACGCAGGGAAAACUACAAUUCUUUAUAGAGUGACGCAGGGAGAAGUAAUUGCAACUGCACCAACAGUUGGUUCAAAUCUCGAGCAAUUAGAAUACAAGAAUCUAAAAUUCGCUUUGUGGGAUAUCGGCGGUCAGCAGCAGCUUAGAUCGACGUGGUCCGCGUAUUAUAAUCAGGCAAAAGCUAUCAUACUCGUAGUCGACAGCUGUGAGAUUGAUAGGCUAGCAGUUGUGAAGGAGGAGCUUCACCGGGCGUGUCAAGAUGAGCAACUUGAUGAUGCAUUGUUGUUAGUCUGGGCGAAUAAGCAAGAUAGAAAGGAACAUGCAGCAUCUCCUGCUCAAAUAUCCGCAGAACUUCAACUCACCGCGCUUAAAGAUAGGCAAUGGUCGAUAUUCCCGUGUUCUGCACUCACAGGAGAUGGACUCUCAGAGGGAUUGGACUGGCUUACAGAUCGCAUAUCUUAA